UUUAUCGGCCACCCUUCAGUCCCAAAGAGAGAUAGCUAUCGUUGUUCAUGCUCGGAAGGGUGCGGGUGCAUCGUAAUUGAAUUCCACUUUUCCGUCAAAAUCCCACCAUAUCGAUAAGAAUUGCAGCUCUCGGCAGGAUGCAGUUCUUCUCACCUUCGAAAUCCCAAAUCAGUCUCUUUAACUCUUCCCCCAUUCCAAGCUCUUGUUCUACUCCUAAUGCUAAUUCUAAUAUCUCCCGAUCUCUCGCGAACGUUCCGAUCAAUGUUCUUGCGAUCGCCCCCUUGCUAAAAUUAACUCUGUUAUCGUCCAAAACGUGUUCGGUAUCGCCUCUACAGGAGCAGAUAGUCUUGUCGGAAUCCCAGGAUGACAAAGAUGAAGAAAGGGAAAAAGAAGAUAAAGGAAAAACAAAUGAACUCAAGGAGACUUUGGAGGGGUCGCAUUUGUUCGUUCGAAGGCCCAUCAAGGAGGAUAUUGACUCUAAUGAUAGCUUUACCAGUGGGAAAGUUGGGAAGGGUGGCUAUUCUUCAACUUCAAAGCUUGAUCAAGGGCUUUCUGAGUUUGCCAAAAAGAUGCCCAUCUUUGAACCGGAAAGGAGUGUAGCUUCUGAAGAGAGACCUCUGGGGAUCAACUUGGAGUUGGGACUAUACCGGGCCAAAGUUUUGUGUAGGGUUUUCCAGCUCAAGCAAGCUGAGGAGCUUCUACAGAAGUGCAUUUUUUUUUGGCCUGAAGAUGGACGAGCUUACGUUGCCCUAGGAAAACUUCUAUUUAAGCAGUCAAAAUUUGCUGAAGCCAGGUCUGUGUAUGAAAGAGGGUCUCAAGCAACACAAGGGGACAACCCUUAUAUUUGGCAGUGCUGGGCUAUCCUAGAAAAAAAGGUUGGUAAUGUAAGAAGGGCAAGAGAGCUUUUUGAUGCGGCUACAGUAGCUGAUAAGAGACAUGUUGCAGCUUGGCAUGGUUGGGCAAUUCUGGAGAUAAACCAGGGAAAUCUGAAUAAAGCUAGAAAUCUACUUGGCAAAGGACUCAAAUAUUCUGGAGGGAAUGAGUAUAUUUAUCAAACACUCGCUUUGCUUGAAGCUAAAGGAAAUAGAUUUGAACAAGCUCGUUAUUUUUUCCAGCAGGCGACUGAAUAUAAUCCAAAAAGCUGCGCUAGUUGGCUUGCAUGGGCACAAGUAGAAAUGCAACAAGAGAACAACCUUUUGGCUAGAAGUCUAUUUGAG